AUGUCAGCAGGAGGAUCACGAGGCCGAGGGCGUGGUAAAAGAACCAAUCGAGCAAAUAUAGGUCCACCAGAACCCUAUCGUUCGCAAUCUAUGGCUAUAACCCUUGAUAAAUUUCACCAAGGAUAUAAAGAAAAUCGUAUGACAAAUCGUCCUCCAUCAGCAUCGACUACAGCUUCUUCAGGACGAAAACUUUCGUCGGAUCAUGCCAAAUCGACAUCGCGUUCUUCAGCAAAUCGAGCCAAAUCUACACGUGCACUGAGAACUUCUAUUCGUUCAGCUGUACCUGAUACAUCAAUAAUAACACUUGCUGAACGGCCAGAUCAAGGUGGAGCAGCCGGUCAAAAGCUACGAUUAUAUACAAAUCAUUUUAAAUGUAAUAUUCCUCAAACAUUAAAGUGUCAUCAAUAUGAUAUUGAAUUAGAAACAGCUAAUCGAGAUGGUACAUGGCGACCAGCAAGAAAAGAUGAUCGUUUUCUGGUGCUAAGAAAAAUAAUUGAACGUGAAAAUCUUCCGUUUGUUUGGUAUGAUGAAGGCAAAAGCUUGUAUUCCAUUGAAUUACUUGUUGAUUUGAAAGAUCAAUAUGAAAUAAUUGUAAAAGAAAAAAAGACUGAUCGAGAACAGCAAUAUCGUUUACUACUCAUUAAUCUUGUGAAAUCAUAUGAUAUACAGGUUCUUUGGGAUUUUAUUGAGAAUCGAAUAGCUAUUCGUCCGAGAGAUCCUAUAAGAAUACUUGAAACACUUCUGAAGCAAACAACGCGAACAUCUAUGGUUUGUGUUAAAAAUCAAUUUUACGAUCGACGACAACAGUUGGAUGAUUUAGGUGACGGUCGAGGUUUAGGCCAUGGGUCUUAUCAAGCAAUGUUUUUAACAAAGAUUGGUGCUACUCUAAACAUCAAUUCUACAUUUACAUGUUUUUAUCAACCAUUCAAUUUAGUUCACUUUCUAUGUGAAUAUCUUCAACAUGAUAUAGUUCGAGAUGGUAUAAAUGAGCGUGAACAACAAUUAUUAUUACGAAAAAUACUAAAGCCAAUCUGGCUAGAAACUCAUCAUACAGAAACUGUUAGAAAAUAUCGUAUACGUGGCUUUGGCGCAUCAGCGCGACAACAUACAUUCCCGCGUACUGCCGAGAAGAACAAUGAAGAUAAUCAAGAACGGCAGUCAGUCUUUGAAUAUUUCCUAGAAAAAUAUGAAAUCACUUUACAAUAUCCUAAUUUACCGACCGUUGAAUUAUAUUCACCGCCCAAUAAAACUCAAUUUCAUUAUUUACCAAUGGAAUGUUGCACUGUUCAAGCUUGGCAACGUUCAAUGAAACCAUUGACAACAGAUCAACGUGCACGAGUAACGAGGAAAACCGUCGUGAAUCCAAAUCAACGCUAUCAAGCUAUAAUGGAUAUAGUUCGAGUGAGGAAUUUCAACGAAGAUAAAUAUGUAACCGAAAUUGGCAUGAGUAUUGACGAUCAACAAAUGAUCACUGUACCUGCAAGAUUCAUUGCACCACCUGAAAUCAAAUAUAAAAGUGGACGAGAUGGUCAAAGUCAAAUAGUUGAAAGAAUCAACAUUGGAAAAUGGAAUUUGAGAAAUCGUUUUCAAAAAACAAAAACGAUUGAUAAAUGGGCAUGUGUACUAAUUUCAACACAAAGACCAAAUAAUAAUCAACUGUCGAUUGCAAAACAAUUCGUUGAUCAAUUUCCACAAAUAAUUGCACAAUACGGAAUUUGUUUUCAAUCAAGUCCAAUGAUGUUUAGUGAUCCAACAGACUCACAGAUGAUUCAUAACCGAUUAAGAGAAUUAAAAGAAAGCAAUUGUGAAGUUGUUGUAUUCAUUCUUAAUGGUGUAGGAGAAGAAACUUAUAAAUCAAUUAAAUAUUUUGGAAAUCAAAAACUUGGUAUUGUUACACAAUGUACUGAUUUUGUUGCUAUUGCAAAAAAUAUCAAAAAUAAAAAACUCGAUAUGUAUUUACAAAAUCUUGUACAAAAAUUUAAUGCUAAAUUAGGUGGUGUUAAUGGAAUAGUAUCAAUCGCUCGAGCCUUAACAUCAUCGUCAACAAAAGAUGAUGUGUUUAUGUUUUUUGGAGCCGAUGUAACACAUACAACAUGUUCGAGAGAUAAGCCAUCAAUAGCAGCUGUUAUUGGUUCAGUUGAUAGUACAAGUACACAAUAUGCGUCACGUGUCAGUGAACAAUAUCCAGCACGUGGAAAAAUUUCAUUAGAAAUUAUAAAAGAUCUCUAUCUAAUGUCAACAGAUUUAUUGAAAUUAUUUGCUCAAAGAAAUGGCUGUUUUCCGAAUAAAAUUGUUUUUUAUCGUGAUGGUGUCGAUGAUGGGCAUUUUCAAAAAGUACUUGAUCAUGAAAUACGAUCUUUACAAAAUGCUUGUAAAGCACUUUAUAUGAACAAUCCGUUACCAAAAAUAACAUUUAUUAUCGUUAAAAAACGACAUAAUACACGAUUUUUCGUUCGUGAUCCAGCUACAGGAAACAUGAGCAAUGUUCAACCUGGUACCGUUAUUGAUACUGAUAUCGUUCAUCCACUAGGCUUUGAUUUUUAUCUAAAUAGUCAUGCAGCUAUUCAAGGAACAUCACGGCCCAUUUUAUAUCAUGUUUUAUACGAUGAAAUUGGUUUCUCAUCGGAUGAGAUACAAUCGUUAACCUAUUUUCUUUGUCAUUCUGAUGUUCGUUGUACAAAAGCUGUAUCGAUACCAGCACCUGUUCAUUACGCACACUUAGCUGCAUACCAAUCGCGUGAUGCUGAAAAUUAUGAAAACGAUCGUCGAAGCACCAUUGGAGGAAAUUUCGAUGAUGAUGAUGAUUUAGGAGAAAAUAUGGGUUCAAUAACAUUACAAGAAGUAGAAACAAGACUUAUUCAACUUGAUCCUUCUAUUCAAGAUACAAUGUGGUACGUGUGA